GUGUAAACACUGGGCAUGGACAAAACUGGAACCGACGUGAAACUCGCGACACUAGAAGUGUCGAGCCCAUAGGCCCUCCCAAUCAUAGUAAUUAUAACAGCGAAAAAGUUCAAGCUAAACCUCCUAGCGGCAGAAGAAACAGUACAAUUGGCAUAAUACAAGAAAAGCGUUAUAAUACCCUGCCUCCAAGACUACAGAGGAAAUUUUUGGAAAAAAAUCAAAUUCAACCUCCUGCUACAGAAGAUAAUAACUGGGAUGGAAGUAGCAUUACUUUUCAAAAAAAUCAAAAUUAUCAGAUUGAUGGAGCAGCUUAUUACACACUACCCAUAACACCAGGGUCACAUCAUCACCAAAAUACCAAUUUUACCAACACUUUACCCAAUAAACCAAGAGGUAGGGGAAGGCUUAACUUCGAACCAGAAAUGCAAUCUCCUGUGGGAGUAUUUGAUCCUUCGCCAUUAGAUAGAAUAAAAAGUCCAGGCAAUUCUAGACCUCCUACACCUCCUACAAGUAGACCACAAACACCUACGAAUGCUGGCAACAAUUACAAUUCAGACUCCAGAAGGCCUUUGAGGAGGAAUGAAGAGUUGGCGUCUAGAGGCCAAGAUAAAAGAGACAAUAAUCAAAGGAAAGAAUAUACCAAUAGGAGGGACAGCAAGAACUAUAAUAGAGACAACCGAGAUAACCAUAACAAUAGAGAUAAUUACAAUACUAGAGACAAUUACAACACUAGAGAUCACAACAGAGAUCAAAGGUGGGAAGAUGAUUUCAGAGAUUCUCAUCAUAGGGACCGAAACAACAGAGAUGGUACCAGCAGAGCUGGUCCCAAUAAAGAUGGCCACAAUAGAGAUGGUCCCAAUAGAGAUGUUCACAACAGAGAUGGUCCCAAUAGAGAGGGUCACAACAGAGAUGGUCCCAACAAAGAUGGUCCCAACAAAGAUGGUCCCAACAGAAAUGGUCCCAAUAGAAAUGGUAAUCAAAGAGACACUUAUCACAGAGAUGGUAAUCAAAAAGACGGUUACAGAAACGAUCGCAACAGAGAUGGUGUCAAUAAUAGUGCCUUUGAUAGAGAUGGAAACGGUAGAGAAAAUAAUCGCAGAGACCGAGAUAACAGAGAUCAUAGAAGAGGUGGUAGUAAUCAACAUAGAGAUAGAAAACGAGAUAAUAGAAGGGAGCGGGACAGAAGGAGUCAAAGCAAAGAUACCAAUCAGGAUAUUAGACCUUACCAGAGUUCUCUUAGUACUGACAUAAGUGUAGAAGAAAAUUGGGAUUUGGAAGACACCAGUAAUAAAGUAGAUAAAGAAAAUUAUAGUAGAGAUCAAGAAGUUAUUCAAGACAGAUCUGAUUCUCGAGCAAGUCCUGAAGAUGAAUUUAUAAGUGUCAUUCCUAAUCUUAUCAACAACACUUUGGACUGGAGUGAAGAAGUUGAACUAAACGAUAGACUAGAAUCUGAAUAUUUCAGUGAUGCCUUAACAAGAAGUUCCUCAAUUGUUAGUUUACAAGACAUACAUUCAACGAUGAAAUCUUUACCCUCUAAUAUUAAUGAAGCAAAUACUUCCAAGAAGAGAAGGAGAAAUAGGCGAAGAAGCCUAAACAGGGGUAGAGCCCUAGAUGGCAGCCAUUCGAGAACAAGAAACGACAGAACUAGACAUAAUUCAACUACAAGUAUUGACAGCCGUGAUAGCACCUUCAAAAUUCCUCAUGAUCCACAUCCUGCUGCAUCCAGAAGAAGCUCGAGGGAUACAAGAGAUAAUAGUUAUGAAAGAUAUCAUACUAGCUCUAGAAAUGUCAGUAGAGAUAGCAGCUGGGAUAGACAUCAAAAUAGAGUACAGUCUUCCGGUAAUGAAAAUUGGAGAGAGGAGAUAGAAAGAACCAGAAGGAACUCUGAUAAAGAUGGAAAAGUGAUUCUGGAAGAUAUAAAGAAUAUAGAUCCAGUGCCCAAAAAACCAGGUAUUUUAGUUUUGCCACAAAAGAAUGAAGCUAGAACAAAUACUUCAGCUACCGCUGUUCCGAGUUUGAAUACACAUGAUCAUCCAAGAUAUCCUGAAGCUCGACGCUCUCCUGGUCAACAACAAAAGAGCCUCUACGAUCCUAACAAUCCUUCUAAACCUAUAAUUGUAAAAUCCACAAGUGCUAGAGUAAAUAUUCCUGGUUUUUCUGAUAACACAGAUGCUUCUCCUCCCCAAAUAUACACCACUGAUCAAUUUGGAAAUCUCCGACCACCUUGGUAUGACGAAACUACUGAAUCCUUCAAAUCCUGUCACUACCCUGACUUAUUAAGAGAUGUUAAAAAAGCCGACAAUGAUAUACAAUGUAUUAUCGAUGGAGGGAUGCUUCUUGUACGAUGGGAAGUUGUUGACAACUUGAGGAGUUUUCUUAAAGAAGCUAUGGAGUAUUUAAUAUGCAAGGGCAUCAAGUUUUGUCAGAAAGAGAAUGUCGAGCAACAUUUUUGGAAUAUCAUGUAUCACAAUAUUAUCGAAGUUACCAGAAACGCUAUCAAGAGUGAUCCUGAAAAUAAAGAAAAUUACAAAGGAUUUUUAUUGUGCCUGAUUGAUGAGGGCAGCAAAUAUUUUGAGAGACUUCUGACAGUACUUGAAGAAACCUACGAUUUUAAGCUCAAUAAUUUUAUGAAAGAAAAUCCAGGUGGUCAUAAAGGAAUGGGACUGGUAGGACUUGCUUUAAUAUGUACCCAAAAAAUAUUACUUUUCCUAGGCGACUUAGGCAGGUACAGGGAAGAAGUAAAUGAAACAUCCAAUUAUGGAAAAUGUAGACAGUGGUAUAUUAAAUCCCAUGAAAUUAAUCCUAAGAAUGGCAAACCUUAUAACCAAUUGGCACUUUUGGCUGUUUAUGCGAGGAGAAAAUUGGAUGCUGUCUAUUAUUAUAUGAGGAGUUUAAUGUCUUCAAAUCCAGUUCCGUCAGCAAGACAUAACCUUGUGUCUCUAUUUCACGAAAACAAAAAAAAGUAUGAUCAAGGUGAAAAAAAACGCAGAGAAGAAAGGUUAGAACGUCAGAGGCAACAAAUGAAACAAAAGGAAUCCGAAGACUCCAACCAUCUACCGGGGCAGCUAAGAAGAGAAACCUGGAUACAUCCAGAUGGGGGAAGAAGGGUUUACAGAACAACUCAAGCAAAUUUAGAACAAAACAAUUCGGAUGAAGAGGAUCUUUCGACGUUAAGUAGCGUCGAGGUGAACAAACGUUUUGUUGUUAGUUAUUUACAUGUACAUGGGAAGCUGAUUACUAAAAUUGGAAUGGAGAGUUUUCAAGAAGCUGCGAUGCAAAUGCUGAGAGAAUUUCGAGCUCUCUUACAACAUUCCCCCGUGCCCAUCCCCUGCAACAGGCUACUCCAAUUACUGGCCCUGAAUAUGUAUGCCAUUGAUACCACUCAACUUAAGGAUCCUGCUAUGCUUCCAGGCUACAGAUCCGAAUUACAAGAACGCGCCUUAAUCGUUUCUCUUCAAAUGUUUAACCUUAUUCUGGAACGAUGCGUUUCGAUCCUUCAGGAUCAGAUAUCAGCUCACAAAGAUAUGCACCCGUCGUCUUUUCCUCCAGAUGCAAACGUUCUUCUUCCUGCUGUCAAAAUUUGGUGCGAUUGGUUGUUGGCCCACACUGGAGUAUGGAAUCCUCCACCGUCUACGCUGGAUUUCAAAGUGGGAUCUCCUGGUGAUUGUUGGAGCAGGUUGGCGAUGUUGAUGAAUCUCUUGGAGCAGAUGGAUCAAAGCCAGGCUAUGAAUUUUGUUAAAGAUGCCCAAGACGCCGAACUCAAAAAGGAGUAUUUUCGAAACAAAAGGAAGUAUUUACAACAGAUAAAAAUCUUGAGAGCUGAAACGGAAGAUUACAAAAACCAACUCCUUUCGAAAGAAAAACUUUUAGAAAAUAUUCAAAACGACUACACUAUGCUUCAGACGAGACAUAAGUAUAUGUUGAGGAGGUCGUUUAAUUCGUUAAAAUUAAUUCGCAAGUUAAUGAAUAGCCCAAGUGAAGAUUUCCUUCAACCUGAACCAGAACUUAAUCUUUUUCAAUGUAGAACUUACGCUGGCUUUGAAUGA